AUGAGCCCGGCCCCUCCCACUGUCGCGCCCUCCCCCUGCCCGUCGCGUCGCCCCCCCCUCCCCUUCCCCUGCCCGUCGCGUCGCCUCCUCUCCCCCUGCCCGUCGCGUCGCCUCCCCUCCUCCUGCCCGUCGCGUUCGCCUCCCCUUCCCCUGCCCGUCGCGUCGCCUCCCUUCCCCCUGCCCGUCGCGUCGCCUCCCCUCCUCCUGCCCGUCGCGUUCGCCUCCCCUUCCCCUGCCCGUCGCGUCGCCUCCCUUCCCCCUGCCCGUCGCGUCGCCUCCCCUCCUCCUGCCCGUCGCGUUCGCCUCCCCUUCCCCUGCCCGUCGCGUCGCCUCCCCUCCUCCUGCCUGUCGCGUUCGCCUCCCCUUCCCCUGCCCGUCGCGUCGCCUCCCUUUCCCCUGCCCGUCGCGUCGCCUCCCCUCCUCCUGCCCGUCGCGUUCGCCUCCCCUUCCCCUGCCCGUCGCGUCGCCUCCCUUUCCCCUGCCCGUCGCGUCGCCUCCCCUCCUCCUGCCCGUCGCGUUCGCCUCCCCUUCCCCUGCCCGUCGCGUCGCCUCCCUUCCCCCUGCCCGUCGCGUCGCCUCCCCUCCUCCUGCCCGUCGCGUUCGCCUCCCCUUCCCCUGCCCGUCGCGUCGCCUCCCUUUCCCCUGCCCGUCGCGUCGCCCUCCCAUCCGCGCCCCUGUCCUACCGUCGCGCCCUCCUCCCCGCCCCUUCUCACCGUCGCGCCCUCCUCCCCACCCCUUCCUACCGGCACGCACCCUCCUCCCCGCCCUCUCCUAACGUCGUGCGCCCUCCCCCCGAGCCCACCGUGCCCUCGCCCUCACCUAGGCUCGCGCCUCCGCGUUAGCCCGUUCCCACCCGCGAUUGGCACGCGCCCGAACCCCACUACCGCCCUGCGCACGGGGCCCUAG